AUGCGUCGAGUCACCCUGGCAACCGAACUCAUCAACUAUCCGAGUAUUUUGUUUUGCGACGAACCAACCAGCGGACUGGAUUCCUACAUGGCAGAAACCGUCAUUCGAACACUCCGCGUGUUGGUAGGGCUCAAAAGGCUUUUUUCAUUGCAGGCAGAUCACGGAGUGACCGUCGUUUGCACGAUCCACCAGCCUCCAACCGAAACAUACAACUUAUUCGACCGCGUAAUGUAUCUCGCAGAUGGCGAAGUCGCUUAUUUCGGCCGACGAGAGGAUGCUCAGGACUAUUUUGAGUCGAUUGGAAUGCCCUGUCCCACGUAUUACAACAUGGCUGGUAGGAAAUGCUCCUGGAUCAAUCAAUCGAACAAUGAAGAGGUCCACAAAAUCGAAGAACUGAAGGAGGAAGAAUGCAUCCAGCAACAAAUCCAAAAAAUCGAAGAAUUUGAGCAUCAUAAUCUUCUUUAUCGUUUUUGGAACACGAUGUUUAUGUGUCAAUGCCCAACAUCGUGGUGGACACAAUUCAAAACACUUCUCUCCAGAAAUAUGCACAUCAUUAUAAGAGACCCUUCACUCACAUUAGCUCGAUUCUUUCAAACAAUCGUCCUUUCCGUUCUUGUGGGACUUGUGUUUCUUCAGCUCGGACUAGAUCAGUCCGGAAUCACAAACCGACUUUCUGUCGUUUUUCUGGUAAUGAUGAACGAGUGCUUUUCUUUGCUUUUUGCAGAAAUCCAGUUAUUCCCAGCAGAACUUCCUAUCAUUUAUAACGAAGUAGCGUCAGGUCUUUAUCGUGUGGAUGCAUAUUAUUUGGCAAAAACAGUUGCAGGAAUUCCCGUUUCGUUGAUAUUUCCCUUGAUUGGAGCUUGUAUUAACUAUUACAUGAUAGGUUUUGAUGCAUCCGUAAGUCGAUUUGUUGCAUACAUUGGAAUUCUUUGGCUGGUGACAAACUCUACCGUUGCUCUGGGUCAUUUUAUCUCUGCAGCCACGGGCGAUUUAGCACUUGCAAAUGCAUUUGCGGGUCUCACAAUCCUUCCUCUUGUGCUGUUAGGAGGGUUUUAUCUUCGGGAUCAUCCAAUCCCUGGUUAUCUAAUUUGGAUCAAACAAAUCAGCAUGUUUAAUUGGGGAUAUAAGCUGACUAUCAUUAACCAGUUUAGUGGAAAAGUAUUUGAAUGUCCUCCAGCGCCAGAGCCCUGUCUUUUCCCUGACGGCCAAUCAGUUUGA